AUGGGCACCAAACGCGACUGGGAAGGUCAGCCACUCGAGCUGCAUCCUAAAGACACAAAUAUGACCGACACAGAGGGACCUACAGUCCUGUCCGUCUUUGAGAACUUCCGCGACGAGCUGGAUGAGCACCAUGACCGCCGCGAACGAAUCAUCAAGAAAAGUCGCGACAUCACCGCGCUGAGCAAGAAGAUCAUUUUCGCCCUCCAACGUGUCCGCGCAACCAACCAACCCCUCCCACCCAAAAUCGCCCAAGAGAACCAAGUCCGCUUCGACCAAAUCCACGCCCUUUUCGAAGCCGUCGUCCCAGAACAACUGGGAAUAAACAGCUGGCGCUACCAACGCCAACUCAGCCCAGGCAUCCAAGAAUUCAUCGAAGCCGUCUCCUUCGACCACUACCUCCGCACACAGACACUGAUCUCACACGCCGAAGUCGCCACCCGCGUCCCAGCCCAAAUCCUCGUCACAGAAGAAGACUACCUAUUGGGCCUAUUCGAUCUAACAGGCGAGAUGAUGCGCUUCGCCGUUCUAUCACUAAGCUCCGGCAACACAGCCGCAACCAAGACGGGCGAAACUGUGACAGAAUCCAAGGCGCCCACACUCUCACCGUCACAGGGUGACAUCGUCAUUGAUCUACGGGCUAUGCGUGCACGCUUUGAAUCGCUCAGUGUACCCCGUCGCCAUAACAUGCUCCGCGAUCUGGCGAAGAAGCUGGAGGUUAUGCAGGCUAGUGUUGAGAAGGUGGAGAGGGCGGCGUAUGGGAUUCUCGUUCGUGGGAGUGAGAGGCCCAGUGGAUGGACGCCUGAUCUGUCUGCGCCUGUUGAGGUGGAGAGUCACUAG